AUGAAGCUGGACACGUUCCGUCGUCUAAGGAUUCCUGCUCAGAAAGAUUCUCCUUUCUGCUGGGAGGUGCUGGUCAAGCAAGAUGCCUACACGCCGGCUACGAAACCCUCAGACAGCACGGAUGCUUCGAAUGCUUCUCGCCAUCCCGAGCUCGAUGCAGCUGAGGCGGAUGCACGAGGAAGAGCCGCGUGCACGGUGUUUAUGACGUCUGUGCCUCCUGCGCUUUCCGUAUCCAAGCUCUGCCGCGUGCUGGAGGAAUCGUUUGGGGAAAUCGAAGACGUCCGCGAGAAGAUUGUGGUUCAGAAGGGAGGCAAUCAGGAACACGGUCGCCGGCGAAAGACAGCAAGCCAAAGCAACUUGGUUUCGGCCAGCCUGCACCCGUCGUUCGCCGCCGUUCGCCUGCUCCACUUUGUUUUCCGUUCUGCUCUUUCCGUGUCUGCUCUGCUUUCUGCGGCGCUUCCGCUGGGAAGUGGAAAGACACAGAAAUCGGUCGCGGUCCCCCGCGAGAAGAAAUCUCAAGCUGAACGCAGGGGCUUCCUCGCGAGCGACGAUCAGACGGUCCAUGGCAGCCUUCGUCUCGGAACCGGUGGCGUCGCAGCGUGGCUGCAGGAGGCUGGCGCUAUCGGAAAGACUCCCGAUGAGCUGCAGAGGGAUGUCGACGAGUUUAUGGCGAACCACGACUUGAAGAAGGAAAUCGAGAGACAGCGAAUCAAGCAGCAGCAACUGACAGACGAGGACGGCUUCACUCUCGUUGUCGGGUCGUCUGCGACAGCGUCUGACGGGACGACGUUCAAGUCCAUCCGCCGCCUCGACGCCCCUGGGGCCUCGCCACUGGGCGUGGCAGUUUCAGGCGCGCGAGAGAGACUGAAGAGCGGGGCCGAGGAGCAAGGCGCCGUCAAUCUCUGCGUUCAGCAGAAUGCAGCUGCGGCUGGCGUCAACGGCAUCAAUGAGACGGGAGGCGGCACGGGAGGUCGCCGGAGGAAGAAGAAGAGAAAGGGUGGGAUCGAGGAGGACUUUUACCGAUUUCAGAGACGCGAAAAGAGACGAAAAGAGUUCCUCGACGUGCAGCGAUCGUUGGUGGCAGACGAGAAGGCCGUGGAAGCGAUGGAGAAAGCACACAAAUUCUCACUCUGA